GGCCUGGCCAUCGGCAAAGGCUCAAGGCCCGUCGAUCGUCCGGAAGGCGUUGGCGGUCCAGCAAAAAAAUGCCCCGUCGACCCAGAGCAUCUCGGCAGUCUUCUUGCAUCGGCCGUCCGUCCGUCCUGUCUCAUUCCGGCACCGCAUCCGCUCCCCCACCAUGCUCAAGAGGUUCUUCAACUUCCAUCUGGACGAUGUCGAUCCGGAGUGCUUUGUGACGUCGUCGCUCUGCAGCCCAUAUGCGCUGUUCUACUACCGCUGCGGCGUGUUCAUCACCUCGUUGACGGUGAUGAUCAUCAGCCUGUCGUCCCUGCUGCUUCAGCAGGCGCCAUUCUUUGCCUGGAUCUCGGCCUUUACGGACCUGAGCUGGAUCGGCCUGGUGGUGUACUUUGGGUUCUCCACCGUCGUGACGGGUCUCUACAUCUGGCGAAACGGCAAGACUCCCAGCAGCAAGACAUUCAUCUUUAUCCACUGGUCGCUAUACCUCCUCCCGGCCGUCUACCACUGGAUUGUCCCGGUGGUCUUCUGGGCAUUCCUUGCGCCAUACGUCCUGAAGUCGUCCUUGGCCAGUGGACCUCUCACCACCUUCGUCACCAUCGUGCCACACUCCUUCGACUGGGUGUUCAUGUUCAUCGAGUUUUUGCUGAAUCGCAUCCCGAUAUUCUACUCCCAGUGGUACAUACCGAUCCUCUUUGGCGUGCUCUUUGUGGUCUAUGUGUUCUACCAGCAUGCGGUGUUUUCACAGUACACUUCCAGCCCCGACGGCUUCUGGGUCUAUCCGUUCCUGGACACAUCCAAGCCCUACGCCUAUGCCUGGUAUCUCGGCAUUGCUGUCUACUUUGCCAUCAUCUUUCUCAUCGUGGCUUCGCUGCACAAACUGCGCGACCGCUUGAGGAAAGGCGCUGUCAAGAGUCUGCGCGAGGAGUAGUCCAACACGAUCGAGGCGGAUGUUCAGUGCCAGUCGGUGGGACGCUAGCGAGAUCCGGCUCUCUAGCUACUGCCCUUGCCUGGUUGCCAUGAUCGUCGUUGGGACUCUGCCCCGCAUCUCAUCUCAGACUCGGCGAAUGGCUGUGUGUCAAUCCAUGUCCUUUCUCUUUCC